UCAGUCUCAUUGAGGCUCUCUGUGCCUGGGUUACUCUCUUCUCUCGGAGCACAAUGGUCAGUCUCCGCGUCUCACCGACGUGCCACUGUCAAUAAACUCACAGAAAAAGCCUCAUCCGCUAAUUAAACUAACCCAUGGCUGGAUUACGAGCUUUGUGACAGGGCUGGAAGUGGGAGCAGUGUGGAGAACAGUGCUCUUGUGUAGGGUCGCGGCGCGCCAGGCGCCCUGAUGCUGCGAGGAGAAAAAUCGCCAUUGUCCAAGAAAAAAGCGCUAGCUAGCUGCUAAACCACUGGCUUUACAGGCGAGAACCAUGACUUCGACGCUGCUUCACGUCCUUUACCGCUUUCUCAUCCUCUUCCUCAGCAUCCAGAGCACCCUUUCAUUCGAGGUGACGUUACAGGAUGAUGACUGCAUCAUGAUGACUCUCGAACCCUCGGAUCUGAGGGAAAACAUCACCGCAUACGCUGCCAGGAUAUCUGGAGAGCCUCACAACCACAUCCUUCCCUUUCAAAGUUCCAGCGUUGGCCAACUGGCCCCUGCUGUCCUUCUUUAUAACACCACCUACCACGGGCUCUGUUACACCAUCAGCCUUCUACUAGCCAACGGCUCCACGUGGACCAAACCGGUCAAGACUGUGACUCUGCUGACAAAGCCUCUUCCACUGGAGAGCGUGCAGAUUUCAGACUACCAGCCAGCUCCGGAGACCGGCGUGGUAUUUGAGCUGCGAUGGCCGGAGAGAAACAGCUUCAGCCGGGUGAACAUCAGCUACUCCGAGGGAAGAGAGCAGCGCUUCAUGCUCUACAAAGAUUUUCAGAAAGGCAAAACGGUUUUUAAGCACUGGUUGCCUGGAACAUGCUACAGCAACAUCACCUUCCAGCUCAUCUCCGAAGCCACGGUCAACAAGAGCACCCUGAUAGAAAAGAGUGACGUAAUCCACGAGCCACAUCAUCACAGGACAGUACCCAACCCUCCUCUCAACGUGUCUCUCAAGAUCGUCCCCCUCAACAGAAGAGGCUUGCCUGUGACUAACUGGGGCGAAAAGGCGUCCCAUGACACCCGUCUGCCACGGAAGGCACGCGACGUCUCCCUGAUGGAGGAACCGGUAGUAACAGAGGUGCGAGACAAAGAGGAAGAUCCCAGUCCCGAUGAGGCAUCGCAAACAGUUACCCAGACACCUCCUGCUACCUCCGAGAGCCUAAACAGCAGCUCAGCGCCGUUCGUUAACGUCGCCAACGGCGUGUACACACCUACUGCAGAAAGCGUGCCCACUAACACCAGCGCCGUGUCAGAGGGCGAGAAUUCCACUGCUUCCUAUUGGCCAAGCGGACGCCCCUCCCCCACCGAAGGAGAGUAUGAGUUUGUGAAUGGUGUGGCUCCAGAAUACGAAGACUCAAAGGAGCUUGGCUCAGCCAUGGAACUCAGCCCAGUGCCCACUGACGGGUCCAACAAACCACCUUCCAUUCUGCUGGAGCUUCGCUGGUUACCGCCUCCACCACCCACCACAACCGACGGCUUUAACGUCUACAUCUACCGAGACGGUAACAAGACUGAAACGGCGACAGUGGAAGAGAACAUUCACGAGUUCUUCACCGAGCUGUCGGAGCCCGGGACGUACCAGGUCCAAGUCACCACCGUCAGCUCCUCGGGAGAGUGUGAGCCCAGAGAGAGCGCAUCACAUCAAGGAUUCACCUUCUACCUCAGUCCUACAGGCAAGUGGCUGGAGCAGCCCAAGGAGCGUCCACAGGCGGUGAGUGUGAAAAUGCUGGGGAAGAAUACAGCCUCCGUGUCCUGGGCUCCGUCCACACAGAGCCACAACGGCAGCCUCGUCUCAGUGGUGUCUCUAACCUGCCUGAAGCCCAGCCUGAGCCAGCGUAUGGAGAACACAUACUGCUCUGAGGAAAACAUCACCAGUGACAUCAUCACUAACCUGACGCCUGGUGCUCAGUACAGAGUGGUGGCGUAUUACACCAACGGACCCCUCAUCAGCCCCCCCUCCGAACCAGUCAUUAUUGAUAUCGAGCCGACAGGAGUGCGAGACCUGGUGGUGUACCCGCUGAGUCCCACGGCAGUCAUCCUGAGCUGGCAGAGGCCUUACAACGUGGCCUUCCGCAAAUACAUCCUGCAGACCUUUUACUUCAACUCGGCCACGCAGACCGCCCAGUGGACCACUUACUACGAGAUUGCUGCUACCGCCUCCGUCAUCGCUUCUGUGAGAGUGACAGAUCUGUUGCCUGCAUGGUACUACAACUUCAGGGUGACCAUGGUGACCUGGGGUGAGCCUCCACUCAGCUGCUGUGAUGGAUCCACUGUCAGCUUCAUUACUGCUCCUGAGGCACCCCACAUCUCGUCAGUGGAUUACUCCCACGGCGUACUGUAUGUGCGCUGGACCUACGGCGAUCUCUUCACAGAUCUGUCCCACUCCAGAAUGCUGCACUGGCAGGUGCUGGCUGAGGGAAAGAAAGGCUCCAGGAGACGCUUCUCUACAGACGUGACACGCAACGUAAUGAAGGCUGCACUCACGCUCCCUCCUGGUGACAUCUACAACCUGACCGUCACGGCUUGUACAGAACGCAGCCGCAACACCUCCAUACCCCACAUCCUCAAACUGGAUCCAGCACCUCCUAAGUCCCUGUACGCCAUCAACGCUACACACUCCGCCGUCACCUUGCUCUGGACCGAGGAGGGAGUAGUGGACUUCUACCAGGUCAGCUGCAGGCAACUCGGACCCAUCACACAACUCAAGACUGCCGAGCCCCAGACUGCCCACUCCCAUGUGUUAACUGUGAACAACCUGCAGGCCUCCACCUCCUACAACUGCAGUGUCAUCAGUUACAGCUACAGCACACCCAGCGAGCCCGCCUACAUUACCAUCAGCACCCUGGCUCAUGAGAUGAACCCCAGCAUAGCUGCUAUCUCAGCUCUGGCGGUGCUCAGUGUGCUGCUCAUCAGCCUGCUUGUGCUCUUUCUACUGGUGCUACGCAAAAAGCACAUGCAGAUGACCAGGGAAUGCGGGGCAGAAACCUUUGUCAACUUCGCCUCUUUUGAGCGUGACGGAAAACUUCCUUACAACUGGCGAAGGAGCCUCUUUGCCUUCCUUACUCUUCUGCCAUCCUGCCUUUGGACUGACUAUCUUUUGGCUUUUUAUAUUAAUCCAUGGAGCAAGACUGCUCUAAAGAAAAGGAAGCUAACAAGCCCCGUGCAGCUGGAUGACUUUGAGGCCUACAUCAAGGACAUGAGCAAAGACUCUGCCUAUAAGUUCUCCCUGCAGUUCGAAGAGCUGAAGAGUGUUGGGUUGGAUCUUUCCCAUGAUGCUGCGGAUCUGCCGGUAAACAGACCCAAGAACCGCUAUACCAACAUCUUACCCUACGACUUCAGCCGCGUGAAGCUGAUCUCUAUGCACAAUGACGAAGGCGCCGACUACAUCAACGCCAACUACAUUCCAGGAUACAAGUCACCCCGUGAGUACAUCGCCACACAGGGGCCUCUCCCGGAGACGCGCAACGAUUUCUGGAAGAUGGUGAUGCAGCAAAACUCGCGCGUCAUCGUCAUGCUAACUCAGUGCAACGAGCGCCGCAGGGUGAAGUGCGAUCAUUACUGGCCUUUUACGGACGAGCCCGUUUCCUACGGCGAGAUCACGGUGGAGAUGCUGUCUGAAAGCGAGUCUCCUGAAUGGACCAUCAGGAAUUUCCGCCUCAGCUACGCAGAUGAGGUGCAGGAUGUUCUGCAUUUUAACUACACAUCCUGGCCAGAUCACGGAGUGCCCACGGUAAACGCCAUAGAAAGCAUCCUGCAGUUUGUGCAGUUAGUGCGCCAGCAGGCGAACAGAACCAAAGGACCGGUUACAGUCCACUGCAGUGCCGGUGUGGGUCGUACAGGCACGUUUAUUGCCCUGGACAGGCUGAUGCAGCAUAUCCGGGAGCACGAAUACGCUGAUAUACUGGGCAUGGUAUCAGAGAUGCGCUCCCAUCGACUCUCUAUGGUGCAGACAGAGGAACAGUACGUCUUCAUUCAUCAGUGUGUCCUGCUCAUGUGGAAGAAGAAAAAACAGCAGAGUCUCACCAGCGACGUCAUCUACGAGAACGUCACCAAGUCUUAAUGGCAGCCAGGCUCUAACGACGCCCUGCACUCUCCUUUGCUUCAGGCAUUUAUUCUCUGCAUAAAGGCCUACUACAUAAACACCAAAACAAAUAAAGACUGCAGCAGAGGAGCUGAAGAUUCACCCAAGCUAUUCUACAUUCUAUUGUCCCAACCAGUGAAGGCACAAUAGGACAAACAAACAUGCCUUAAGGAAUCCACAAUAACAGCGUGUCCAGGCUGCUUUCUUUCAGCAGAGUCCCUGCAGCAGAUCCAGAUCCAGUGCUGAGAGUGUGUUGAAAAUUUGAGCGCUGGCCAAAUGGGACGGAAAAAAACCAACAAAAAAAAAACAAAAACACUUUUAGCAUUUAGAUUUAUUCUCAGGAUUGUCUGCAAGCACCAACCCCAUCACCCCAGCGAGGUGCGAGAAGGUCCACGUGCUCGGCAUGGAUGUCUCUGAGGACGCCAUCAUUUGUUCACGUACAUCCAGACUCGUCAUAGUGUUAGUAUUCAUCGCCUUGUUUCCUGAAGCUGCAUCAGACUUUUUAACUGUCACACUGCCACUCCCUGGAAGGGACAUUCAGUACAAGUGUGUGUGUGUGUGUGUGUGUGUGCGUGUGUGAGCAUUCCUUACUGCUGUACUACUCUCGAUAAGCUACUCUUUGGUACGACUACUAGAGCCCGAGGACCUUCUGAGGUGACGACACGCAUCCGUCUGUCUGGUUCUGUAUAAUUUGCACUGAUUAUCUGUAAGUGUACGCCGCGCUAUAGCAAAAACAUCCAAGUCAUGUCACUGUACUGCGUCUCCUUGUCUGUCUUCACCACGUCUCCUCGGGCUGGCUGAAGGAUAUCGUCGCUUCCUCAGUAGAAGAACUGUAUCUGAGCGGAGGAGAGCGUGGUGCAGUGUGUGGUGGAACUGCACAGCCAUGGAGCCGGAAUGUACACAUCAUCCUUUUCCUGUAUAAGGAGGCCUGGCUGAUGCCAAGACUUUAAAAAGAAAAAGAAAGAUUUGCUUGGAGUUCAGCUCACAUGGGUCCAACCAAACCAGAGUGUGAAACAUAUCCGGUAUCAUGUAGAGAUAUGUAGGAUGUAAUGUUUAUUUUUUAACAUUUUUCUUUUUUACAACGAAGCUGCUCCUCUGUAGCGGCCCAUGUUUGCGCUUACACGUGGAAAACGCAGUCUGUAUCGGCAGAUCGUGUGGAAAAAUCCGUAUCUGUUUCAUAUCACAUGAUUUCAGCAGCUGUAUUGCACAUUACCGUGUGUGUGUGUUGCAGAAUGUCUGCUCACCUGGUACUGGUGGUACUGGUACUGGUGGUGUACACUGAAGUUCUUAACAGCAACAGAAUAAAAAUUAGAUACUUUAGAUAUCUCCCAUAAUAAGGUACAGUAUAAAGUCAUUCUAAGUGAAUGAUCCUGGGCUUGUUUUUCUGUACAAAGCCUUAAAGACGUCUCUUACUUCAUCGAGGAAAGAUGGAUCAAAUCCACGAUCUUCAUAUUUAUCUACUUCUAUUUCUACUGCCUGUUAUACCGAGUAAUCUCCUCAUUAUAGUAUAUGCUGAUCCAUUAUCCAGUCCACUACAAAACUACACACUGAUGAGAGAAGACCUUCGACUAUAAGGGCCAGUGUCUCUGCUCCUGAACGUUCCACAUCUUUUCAUUUUUGGAUUUUUUUUCACUUUUCUUUCUUUAACGUAGUGUAUGUCGAGCUGUGUCCGGUUUGUCUUUGGUGCCAUUUUUGUGCAAUGCAUCACUUUAAGCCUGAGCUGAGUUCACUCUCCAUCCUCUCAGUUUUAAAUGUGUGUGGUUAUUGGAAACGAAACAAUAAAGAAAAGUGUUG